AUGAAAAGAGUGAGAGAGAAACUCCUCAAGAAAGUGAAAUCCAUUUCAACAUUAGCCAGUUUCAAACAUGGUCUGAUUUUUCAAGAAUAUCUCACCCAUGAAAACUUUCAAAUCCCACCAGUUCACCUAGAACAAGAACAGAAGAGCAAUAGCCUUCCAGAGCUCGUUCCUGGCGAUUUUCGCGUACCUGAACACUUAAACGAUGUCAAGGAUGAAGAAUUGGAUUCUUUCUACCAUGGUGGCAACCAAGGGAACUUCAAAACCCCCUUGCAGUCCAGAGACAUGGCGGCUGGUAAGUAUAAGAAAGAAAUUACAGUCACAUUGGAGUAUGGAAGUGAUACUGUUGUUUGUACUUCAGAAUUGUCUGAUCAGGUACAAAAAGUAUUUGCAGAAUCACAAUCUUGUGACUUUAAUCUUGAUCCUCUUAUGGAAAUUGAUAAGUUAGCCUGUUUGGAGCCUGUGAUCAAGGAACAUGGUGGUGAUUAUGAAGAAAAUGACAGUGAAGAACAUCCAUUACUAUUAGAUUUUGAAGAGAAGUGUCCACCAGGAGGAAGUGAAUCAGUAAUUCUUUACACAACAAGCAUGCGAGGAAUCAGGAAGACAUUCGAGGACUGUAACACCAUUCGGUUUCUGCUGGAAAGUUUCCGGGUUUUAUACAGCGAGAGGGACGUUUCAAUGCACUUGGAAUAUAGAGAGGAGCUGUGGAAGAUCUUGGGUGGUAGAGUAGUCCCUCCAAGGCUUUUCAUUAAAGGAAGACACAUUGGAGGGGCUCAUGAGGUGGUUGCGUUGCAUGAACAGGGAAAGCUGAGGCAGUUCUUGCAAGGAAUACCAGCAAAUCCAUCAAAUGGACCCUGCAGUGGGUGUGCUGGGUUGAGAUUUGUGCUGUGUUUCAACUGUAAUGGCAGUCGGAAGGUCAUCAACGAGGGAGAAGGCAGUGAAUCACCUUUUAGAUGCCCGAAAUGUAAUGAAAAUGGAUUGGUCAUAUGCAAUGUUUGCUGCUGA